UGCAUGUUCCUCUCUGCAAGCGGGGAUGUAGAGGUGGGAUUGCAAGCGCCGAGAAAGCUCGGGGAACCCACGCGUUCAGCACAGCCUCUGAGAAAGUGCGCUUUUCUAAUUUAACCAACGCAAAAUCCGAAUUUUAUUUUAUGUUAUUUCUCUCCACGUCUGCCACUACCACGCAGGCACCGGGUUAGGAUUGUGUCUUUUUGAAAAAGAAGCUUUUUGUGCCCCUGUCUUCUCUUCUCUUCUUUCUUUCUCCUUUUUUUUUGUCACCAUUCGCCACGGCAAGGCUGGGAGAGACACGGACCGCUCGGACUGUGGGAGCCUUCCCCUCUGCUUGAAUCUGCUCUGGUAGUUUGCUGAAAGCCAAUGGAAGAACGUGAAUGAGGGCUGAGCUUCUGAGGAGGAGGAAGGCUUUAGUGCCUGUCUCUUGCUGACUGGCUGGUCGGUUGGCUAACAUCAAGCAGGACUCUUACUGGGGGCAAACAACAGGCCGAGAACAAGUCCUUCACUGCUCACCCCUUUCCCCUUUCCACCCUCACCCCCAACCCAGGCACGUACGUACUGGACCAUGUCUAGUGGGCUUUCGGAGGGACCCCAGACAGAGGACCUGGAGCGGAGUAGCUGCAAACAGGACUCUCCUGUCAUAGAGCGCAGGAAUCGGAGCGGCAUCAUCAGCGAGCCCCUCAGUAAGAGCCUUAAGAAGUCUCGCGCCCUAUCUCAAUACACAGCAGUCUCCUCUGCUGCCACCAAUGGACACACGGACAAUAGCUCGACGAAGGGCCACUUGGCCAAACCACAACCACCAUCGGCUCCCCAAGCCACCGUCUCCACACUGACAGCAGCCAAGUUGGACAGAACCUUAGAACAGGUUCUAGAGGGACAAAAUGGCCUGCUGCACUUCGCCCAGGCUGCAGCGCUGCUAAAGCGAGCCGGUAUGGAGCACAUGCUCCUGCCUGGGGGCAUGGGAGUGGGAGUUGGCGGCGGAGACACAGGCUCGGGGGCUAGCGACUUGGAGGGUACGUCUGUCACGGACGCCGUAGGUGGUCCCGUUGACUUCCCAUAUGGAGUAGGGGGCGGCUUCCCCUUCAACCCGGGCCUUUUCAUCAUGACGCCGGCUGGAGUCUUUCUGGCGGACAGCGCACUUCACAUGGCUGGCUUGACCGAGUACCCGGCACAGAGCGAGCUGGCCUCUGCUAUCAACUCCGGCAAAAAGAAACGGAAACGCUGCGGCAUGUGCCCGCCUUGCCGACGGCGGAUAAACUGCGAGCAGUGCAGCAGCUGCCGGAACAGAAAAACAGGCCAUCAGAUCUGCAAGUUUCGCAAAUGUGAGGAGCUGAAGAAGAAACCCUCCACUGCACUGGAGAAGGUGAUGCUUCCAACAGGAGCGGCGUUCCGGUGGUUCCAGUAGGACUCCUCCUCCACUCCUUACCCAAAGCUCUGCCAUCAAGUGCAAUGCCAACUCCUGGAUUGUCUCCAGAACAGACACUGGUUAACAAACAAACUAGCAACAAAUAAAAUUAUAUAUAAAAAAACAACAACAAAAAAAAAGCAGAAAAAAAUCGGAAUAUGGAUGCACCUACUUAAACCUUGAACCAAAAAUGAAGCGUAAAAGAAAAGCAUCUAUGGCAACUAUUCAUUCCCUUUUUCUAUGUUUUCUUUUUUUUUCGUACCUUUAUGUCUUUUUUCCCAGCUGGAUUCCCCCCCCCCCCCUUUUUUUUCUUUUCUUCUCCUGUCGCUUGAACGCGGAACUGCUAAUUGCCAGAAACAGAAAUAAGGGACAGAUGGUGGACAAUCAACUAAUUUCUGUGUUUGGUGUUAAUGUUGUUCAUGUGUGAAAAGAUUCGGUACUUGUGUAGAGAAUGUAAAUUUACAGCUAUAUUUUAAAGCUAGCGGCUAAUGGCGAACAUCGUAACUCUUCACUGUUAUGUUACCUAAACCCAUGUCUAGUUUACGGAUACGUUUGUUGGAGACGGAUGGAGAACGUGAUUUAAAAUGUGAGGCUGUCAAGUUCAGACUGAAAUGGAAGUGAAUACUGUUGCUGGCAAAGCUCUCUGAGUUUGAAGGCAUCACUACUGUAAUCUCCUUUAAUAAGCCCUCCUCUGCAUCUUCAAACUUUUCCUUUCUUGUGAAACUGGCAGCCUUAUGUUACUGUGGCCCUACUGAGCACGUGCCAGUACUGUUCAGGGCAAUAGCACCGAGAGACAGCACUUGCUCUGAGUCUACCCUACUGAACGCACUGAGAAGAUUGCAUUUCUUUUUUUAUUAUUAUUGUUGGUUCAUUUGUUAAAUUUUCAAGAGUUUUUUUUUUUUUUUUUUUUUUUUUUUUUGUUAAGUUGCUGGGUAGCUACAGCAUCUGAAAAAAAAAAUAACUCAAUCUUUGUAUUUGUUUAGAAAAUUGGACUGGUUUUGUGAAUAAAAAGGAAUGCAUGUAUUUGUGUCAAAUUUACAAUUCCCAUGUUUUGUCUGAUUGUCUAAUUGCAUGUUUUUUUUAAGAGCGGUUUUGAGUAAGAAAAUGAACUUUUCCACAGGUUAUAAGAAAUGUUUCCUUUUGUUUUAUAAUUGGAUAGCAUGAAAAGAAGGAGGAAAAAAACAACAACAACAACCUUACCCCAGAAAUCUCUUAAAAAGAAAGCGAAAGGUGGUGGAAAAAUGGAUCACCAUCAUGUCCAUUCAUGCUGCCUGUGUAAUCUUCCUACACUGGAAUGAUGGAGCCUUGCUGUGCUAAAAUGUAACCAAAAUGAUUUAAAAGAUGUUUGAAUAAGAA